UCUGUAUUAGUAUUGUAGUCAUGACGUCCAUUCUCUCUCUCUCAUCUGUUCUGUUGGCUCUAAAGCUCUGCUCAGGCGAGUGGUGCUACGAGAGCCAGUCCUGUGACAGCAAGUGUACAGGGCCUUCAGAGUGGAAACAAAAGUAUCUUCAGUGUGGAGGUCCAAAUCAAUCGCCCAUCAAUAUCAUCACACGCAAAGUGAAGCAUGACCCAAAACUGACCGGUUUUACCUUCGAUGGUCAUGAGGACAUUUUCAAUAUGAGUGUGGAAAAUCAUGGACAUUCAGCUCACUUUACACUCCCUCAAUCGGUGCGUCUCCGUGGCGGGGGUCUGUCAGACACAUACAAGGCUGUCCAGUUCCACCUGCACUGGGGAGAGGACGGGGGCCAGGGCUCAGAGCACUCUGUGGACGGAGAGCGUUAUCCCAUGGAGCUCCACAUUAUUCACAUUAAAGAAAAGUAUAACAACUUGAGUAUGGCUCUAAAUGACUCUACGGGGGUGGCAGCACUUGGCUUCUUUUUUGAGAUGUCUUCAGAGAAAAACCAAAAGCUUGAUAGAAUUAUAGAGGCUUUAGGAAAAGUCAGAUAUGAAGGGAACAGCACUGAAAUUGAAGACUUUAGACUGGCUGACAUCGUCCCUCAAGCCGAUUCACUGAGCUACUAUCGCUACUCGGGUUCCUUGACCACACCAGGUUGUGACCAGUCUGUUGUGUGGACGGUCUUCCAUAAGACUCUGCCCAUAAGCAAAAAUCAGCUGAUGUCAAUGUAUAAACAGCUGUUAUUCGCAUCAGAAAAACCAAUGACUGGAAUAUUCCGUCCUGUGCAGAAUCUGAAUGGACGAGUUGUUUACACGUCUGUGAAAUCUCACUGUCUGUGUGUCCUGCCCAAUCUAAUCACCCUGUUUCUGUGCCUCUUUUGUGUUUUUGGACAACAAAGGUGUGUGUUUUACUGAAUGGUAGAGAACAUGUGUCUUUUAACACAGGAUGUUCUGUUUCCAAUUUCCACAAACAAAAUACAGCGAAUAAAUCUUUCAAGCACUGAACUGAAGUUAAUGGAAUGGAUCAUUGCCACCAUGCUAAGGCUGUGAAACCUGACCACAUUAUUAUUUGUAAUUAUUUGUUCACAACUAUAAAUUGUUUCACUCAAACCUCUUUUCAUGUCUACUCACAUUCUCCUUUAAACGUUAUCCGACUUCUAUAAAAUUCAGGAAUUCUACCUGUUUUCCAUGACUCAAUUGUUCAUGAUUACUGCAUUUGAAGUUUUUUUAAGGAGGUUUGUGUUGUCAUUGUACAAAUAAAGUCUUCAAAAUACUAAACAAAACCACUUGGGAUGUGAACGUGGCUUGUUUGAAGCUUUCUGAACCUCCACUAAGAUGAAUUCACUGGAUAAAUUUUCCAAAUUUUCGUGAUUUUCCAGGCCUGGAAAUGCCCAUUUUUUUUAAAUCUCAGAUGUUUCCUGGAAAACAUUUUUCAUGGGUGGUGAUGGCGCAGUGGAAAAGACACAUGCCUUUGGUGUGAGAGACCCGGGUUCGAAUCCACUGUGUCCCUGAGCAAGACACUUAACCCCUAGUUGCUCCAGAGGCGUGCGACCUCUGACACAUAUAGCGAUUGUAAGUCGCUUUUGAUAAAA